AUGCCGGAGCUACAUACCAGAGGAAAGAAAUUCCAAUGGACUUCGGAGUGCGAAGAAGCCUUCGAGGCUCUGAAAAAGCACCUUGGGGAAGUGUCCCUCUUGUCGAAACCUCAACCGGAUGAAUCUCCACUAUUGUAUCUAGCGGUUUUGGAUGUGGCAGUCAGCGCAGUCCUAAUCAGGGAAGAAAAUGAGCGCCAAUUGCCAGUAUACUACAUCAGCAAAGCACUUCUCCCAGUUGAAACGCGCUACCCAGACAUGGAAAAAUUGGCACUCACCCUUAUCACGGCCUCAAGAAAGCUGAGACCAUAUUUUCAAACCCACUCAAUACAAGUUCUCACCAAUUUCCCUUUAAAGCAGGUAAUGCAGAAAACAGACGCAUCAGGGCACCUGCUAAAAUGGGCAAUCGAGCUCAGCGAGUUCGAUCUAACGUUCCGACCUCGACACGCCUUCAAGCGCCAGGCCCUUGCUAAUUUUAUGGUUGAAUUUACCAAAACCCCAGAAAUGGAGGCGAUAAUGGAACCAACCAAGCCCCCUACAUGGAAACUAUUUGUAGAUGGGUCCUCAGGAGAGGCUGGCGCAGGGGCAGGGAUCGUAUUGGAGAGCCCGGAAGGCCACAAGCUAAGUUGUGCAGUAAGGUUCAGCUUCAAGGCCUCAAACAACGCAGCCGAAUACGAGGCCCUUCUGGCAGGUCUUAGACUCGCUAAGGAAAUGCGGGUCAGGAAACUCCUAGCGAGCAGUGACUCUCAGCUCAUAGCAAAUCAGGUUCGAACUGACUCAAGUCCCCUGUCUAGAAAAUGUACAUGCAGACGCCCUCUCAAAAUUAGCCAACAGCAUGGACCGGAGCUGCUAAACAUCGUCCCUAUUGAGCACUUAUCGAAACCCUCCACCUCCGAAGGCGAAGAGGUACUGUGGAUAGAAGGCACCCCAUUAUGGAUGCAGCCCAUCAUCGCGUACCUGAAGGAGCAAACACUGCCUGCUUCCAGAGGCGACGCGAGGAAAUUAAGGAGAAGGACUGUACACUUCGUCCUACAAGAAGAUACCCUUUACAAGAGAGGCUUCGCUUCGCCUCUUCUUCGAUGCAUAGGCGGCGAAGAGGCCACAUACAUACUCAGGGAAAUCCAUGAAGGAAUCUGUGGAAACCACUCCGAAGGAACGGCUCUGGCACAUAAGGUUCUCCGUCAAUGUUACUUCUGGCCGACCCUGAAAAGUGGGGCCGAAGUCAUUACAAGAGGUAGCCCUAAUCUGCUGGAGGGACUUCUACAUUGGCCGCCUCCUAGGCCUCCGGAGCCCCCUCGACAACCCUAUCAGGCCGACCUCCAGUUGGUCCCCCAAACUCUGCCUCCAAUGAAGAGAUGUCCAGAGUGGGAUGCACCUCCUUCAGUCGACCUAGUAAGCUUUGGGCACUCCAUGAGGCCCAGAAGUUGGCGAAGUCGUCAUACAGGGAUGGUCUUCGAAAUGGUCAAUGAAGUUCUGGACUACCACCUCCCCUGCAGACUUCAACUCCUCCUUUAA